CUCUUUCCCGGCUCUCUGACCAACGUUAAAGCCCCACAGAAGUCACCGUGCCAACAAAGGGAGCGGAAAUCUUCCUCGUCAUCUGAGGAUCGUAAUAAAAUGAAAACUUUGGGAAGGAGGGACUCCAGCGACGAUUGGGAAAUUCCCGAGGGUCAGAUCACCCUGGGUCAGAGGAUAGGCUCCGGGUCCUUUGGAACGGUCUUUAAAGGAAAGUGGCAUGGUGAUGUGGCUGUGAAGAUGCUGAACGUCACCGCUCCCACUCCACAGCAGCUUCAGGCCUUUAAAAACGAAGUGGGAGUCCUCAGGAAAACGCGUCACGUCAACAUCCUGCUGUUCAUGGGCUACACCACCAAGCCCCAGCUGGCCAUUGUGACCCAGUGGUGCGAAGGCUCCAGCCUCUACCACCACCUGCACAUCAUCGAGACCAAGUUUGAGAUGAUCAAGCUGAUCGACAUCGCCCGGCAGACGGCUCAGGGCAUGGAUUACCUGCACGCCAAGUCCAUCAUUCACAGAGACCUGAAGAGCAACAAUAUUUUCCUCCAUGAGGAUCUGACUGUAAAGAUUGGUGACUUUGGUCUAGCCACAGUCAAGUCUCGCUGGAGUGGCUCCCACCAGUUUGAGCAGCUCUCUGGUUCCAUACUUUGGAUGGCUCCAGAGGUCAUCAGGUUGCAGGACAAGAAUCCCUACAGCUUCCAGUCAGAUGUGUACGCCUUUGGCAUUGUGCUCUAUGAGCUCAUGUCAGGAGCUCUCCCUUAUUCCAACAUCAACAACAGAGACCAGAUCAUCUUCAUGGUGGGGCGAGGUUAUCUCUCCCCAGACCUCAGCAAAGUUCGCAGCAACUGCCCCAAGGCCAUGAAGAGACUGAUGGCAGAUUGCCUGAAGAAGAAGAGAGAGGAGCGACCUCUCUUCCCUCAGAUUCUGGCCUCUAUUGAGCUGCUGGCUCGUUCAUUACCCAAAAUCCACCGCAGCGCCUCGGAGCCUUCCCUAAACCGAGCCGGCUUUCAGACGGAAGACUUCAGUCUGUACUCCUGUGCUUCACCUAAAACCCCCAUUCAAGCUGGAGGAUACGGGGAGUUUUCUGCUUUUAAAUAAUAACAGCCAGCACAGCAGUCCAUCUCUCAUCACCCCUCCGUUUUCUUUUGGUCCCUGGGAUGGAUUCAUCGAUUCCUGAGAAAUAAUAGAAAGGAAAAAAAAAAAAGAGCGUCUCACAGUGCCGGGCCGCCCCGAAGGAGAUGCCUUCACUUUAGUCCCUGUCACAACGGAGAGGAAGGAAAAACACAAGAUGAAGG